AUGGGCUCUCGAGAUCCUUCACCUACAGAACUGCAACUGCACCCACAGGCCGGCAGCACCACCACGAACCAGGACAGCGAACGUCCCUCUGCACAACCACAACACCCUCAACAAGAACCUGGCCAAGAAGAGGAUGAGCCUCAGACAGGACCAAAAGAUGCUAUUCAGCCUCGAACUCGCACCGAAUGUGUGUUUCCAUUCAAAAAGUCGGCCGUGGAGCGCCAGACUGCUGCCGAUGCUGAACUGUUGCAUGAGUUGAGGAGACUGGAGCCACUGUUCCAAUCCCUGGUGUCCAAAAUCAACGACGAUGGUGCUGGUGCUGUGGAACGAUCCUUGCAGGCCAUCACCAGCGCGGCCAUGGAGGCUGCUGCUGCUCCUCCUUCUCUUCUUCCUCCUCCUCCGCCACCUCCUGUCAUUUCAGAGCAGCCCAUCCCUCGCGCCAUUGCGCAUCCUAUCGAGCCACCAGCGAACAGCCCAAUGAUUCUGGAUUUGCCAAGCCUGCACGGCUCGCCAAUGACCAUUAACUCAAUGUCCGGGUCUGAAACUACGCCGUGGAGCCCCUACGGCACGACUGUUGGUAAGCUGGUCAAGGAUUCGGGCAGGCAUCGCUAUAUCAGCGGUCUGUUUUGGGACUCUCUACAUACAGAGGACGACGAUAGCUUGUCCGAUUCUGAAUCCGAUACAUCUGAUGAUCCGGCGGCGGACGAUUUGGUCGAUGACCAGCUCUAUCUUGGUCACGUCUCCACGGGGAGAAGUGAUCUUCGCUCACGACAUCCACCGCAGCAACAUCGCUUUCGGGCGUGGCAACUGUUCCAAGAAAACGUUCAACCUUUAGCGCCGAUAUUGCAUCUUCCAACUGUUGGACCCUUGGUCGUGGAGGCGCUGAAAUCUGCAGACGAGCGUCCCCUUCCACCUCGCAUCGAGCCAUUGAUUUUUGUCAUUUACUAUGCCGCUGUCACCAGUCUGACCCCAGAGGCGACCCGGCAGGAAUUCGACGCUGAUCAGGCCGUCCUGUUAAAGAGGUACCGUGUUGGCCUCCAGGGUGCCCUUUCACGUGCCAAACUGCUUGAUACCGACGAGAUCCUUGUCUUGCAAGCUUUUGUUUUGUUCUUGAUCAUUCUGAGACCACACGAUCCCAGCCUUUCCUGGAAUCUCACGGGGUUGGCGGUGCGUUUGGCUCAAUCGAGAGGCAUGCAUCGAGACGGGAGCUUCCUCAAGCUUUCAAAGUUUGAUUCAGAAAUGAGGCGAAGAGUGUGGUGGCACAUCUGUCUACUGGAUGCUGCCUCCUCUGAAGAUCACGCUUGUACGCCCACCACUCUGGAAAUCAGUAGUUUCGAUGCCGCACUGCCCUGCCGGGUCAACGACAGCGACUUGUUCCCAGACAUGACAGAGUACCCUCCUGAACGUGAAGGGUUUGUGGAUACUUGCUUCGCCAAUGCUCGGUAUCGAUUUGCGGACAUUUGGCGGACUGUAAUUGACAAACGACGCCCCGCCGGCGCGGACGGUAAAAGCUUUGCAUCAAUGACCAUGCCGGAGAAGGUGAGCUGGGUCGAGGACCAACGGCAAAAGCUAGAGAACGAGUUUCUUCGCUCCACCCCCAACGACCAUCCUCUGCAAUGGGUCACCGGGACUAUCGUGAAGCUUCUGAUCUGCAACCUUCGCCUUUUUGUCUAUAACCCGCUGUCGCAAAACAACUUGCUGACCGAGGAGGAAAGAAUCACUGCUUUUGUGGAGGCUGUUGCAGCCUUGGAACAUUCCUACAGCCUCAGGACCGACCCGAGAGCUCGCAAAUGGGCAUGGUUGCUCAGCUGCUAUCACGAGUGGUUUGCGUUGGCCGUGGCAUUGGCCGAAAUGUGCUCCUACCCUUUGAGAGACCACGUCGAGAGAGCUUGGCGAAUUGUGGAACAAAGUGUAGUUCUCAGGUGGAACUCGUCGCGAGAUCACAGGCGCGCUCAUCAGUGGCGCUCCAUCAUCAAAUCCCUAGACAAGGCUAGGGCAGAGAGGAAAAAGGCUCGAAAACGCCGGCGCUCAACCUCCUCUUCUCAGGCAAUUACACGAACCGCCAAAAUUGCAAAGUACGCCGCGCAUCCCUCAAUUGCGCCACCAUCGGUCCAGAAUGCUUUACAGGUGGCUCACGGGUCAGAUAGCACAGCACAGACAUUGGUCCAGAGACCUGACACAAUCGGACUCGGGGAUGUGGAUAUUCAUGAGGGCGGCCCUUUUGGGACGUCCAGCAUGCUUCACUUUGAUGCUGACCUUCCCGAUGACAGCCAGACAAUGGAUCCGUUCCUGGGGACGGAUUUCGAUCCUAGUUUUCUCGACAUGAGAUCAUUUGAGAAUCUUCUACAGACUCCUCAAGCGGCGGGGUCACAUUACCGCGAUCCUGGCUAG